AUGGGCGCAAGCCCUCGGACUCUGUUAAUCUUUCGCCUUCCUUCCACCAAACGACUCAUUUCAUGGGCUGAGUUCGGCUCACCAAAUGGACGUCCCAUAAUCUACCUGCACGGAACCCCUUCUUCUCGCCUCGAGUGCGCCGGAUUUCAUCAGGAGCUCCAUGAUCGCAAUAUCCGACUGAUCGCCCCAGACAGGCCGGGUUUCGGCCGGUCUGAGGUCCAGCCCGGAAGAACAAUUGGGGGAUAUGCCAGCGAUGUCCGGGCACUUGCAAAGCAGCUCAAUCUUUCGGGGUACGCAGUUAUGGGCCAAAGCGGCGGUGGUCCGUAUGCCUUAGCAUGUGCUAGGUAUAUCCGUCCAGAAGAUGGUCUAAGAGCCGUGGCGGUCCUCGGGGGUUUGUCGCCAUUCGAGUCCGAAUUCGAAGGAGCCCACUGGGCUACCUCUUUCAGCCUCAAAAUGGCCAAGUGGGCGCCUGGGCUCCUUGGAUUCUUCCUCCGCCUCCCGAUUCCGAGCCGAAAAGGCAACUUCACAGGCCCUCUAGAAGAAUGGACCGUUGAUCCAUCAAUGUUAGCCGAAGCGGAAAAGACUCAGCAAGCUUUCGUCAACACUAUGAAAGGCCGAGAGAAAGAGGUCAUGAGCGAGCCAGGGGUUGUGCACCAUCUCACCACAACCUUUGUCGAAGCAACAAUUCAGGGAGUCGAUGCUCACUUGUACGAAUCGAAAUUGUUUGCGCAGGGGUGGGACUUUAAGCUGCAAGACAUCACGUUCGCCUCAGAGGGCAAGAGACCGUUAAUCAUGUGGUAUGGAGCUAAGGAUGUCAAUACCACGGUUCACAUGGGCAAGUGGAUUGCCGAGAGGGUUGCUGGGUCGCAGCUUCGGGAGGUUGACGGAGAGACGCACAAUACCCUAGUAGUCAAGUUUGUUGACUAUUGCGAUGAGCUGCUGAAAGUUUCUAACGGAUGA